UAUACAAAGUGCUAGGUGCUGCAGUAACAACCCCCGCUGCGUGGAUGCUACCGUUGCGUAACUCGGUGAUGUUUUAAUUCAGGCUAAUUACCCGAGUUAAUUAAGUUGCAAGGUGUGCUGGUGUUAUUAGUGUUGGUCACAGCUGUCCGAGCACGUCAACCAGCGUCAGUGCUGGAGCAAGGUUGAAAACUAGUUAACUUCCGAAGUGUAGCAGUUUCCUUUGGGAGAUGAAUAAGGAUCUCUACCCUUUCAGGACGAGGAUUUAAACGAAGUAAUUACUCGGUAUCUUCAUGUUCAGAGUCCAUUCGACAGAUUCUUAAUUACAAGGCUGUCUAGGCCGUUUUAGGUUUCUUGAGAACGACGCCCUUAUUCCUACUAGAAUAGUACAUCGUGGUUCAGCAGGGCAUUCACUGGUUAGCCAGUCAAGAUGGACGGAGUCCUUCUGCCAGCGAAAUUCAGACAGGGUGGGGGAAAGCAACCAAAAACACCUCGCCCGCAUCCACAAGUGGCCGCUAAAUUUACCGAGGUGAAAAAAGAACUGGGGAAUAUCGAGUUCUGGCGUGCCGUUAUCAGCGAAUGCAUAGCUACACUGCUCUAUGUGCUUCUGGGAUGUGCCUCCACGUUACGCUGGGACGUGUACGCACAGAACGCGACGUCAGACGUAUCCAGCGGACACGUUAACAAUGACGCAGGGACGACGGAAGCGACGUCGCAAUGGACCCACGAAACUUUAGCGGCAAACUCCUCACAUGCCGAUGCCGAUUUUUAUAUCGUGAGAGUGGCGUUUUGUUUCGGACUUGCCUACACCACCCUACAGGUCUGCUUCGGACAUAUUUCUGGCGGACACCUUAAUCCAGCCAUCACUAUAGCAACCGUUGUUACGUCGAAAAUCUCCGUUGUCCGGGGGAUAGGUUACGUGUUAGCGCAGUGCGGCGGGAGUAUAGCUGGCGCGGCUUUACUAUACGGGCUCUCCUCGACUGCCGUACGCGGGCACAUGGGAGUGACCAAGCUGGCCGCGGGCCUCACUCUGGAGCAGGGCCUCGGGAUGGAGAUCGUGACGUCAUUCCUGCUGGUGUUCACUCUGUUUUCAGCCUCGGAGUCAUCAAGGAGUGACUCUCUCAGCUCCAGUGUUGCCAUGGGAGCUGUUGUGACAAUGAUGCAUUUAGCCACGGUUCAGUUCACUGGCUGUGGCAUAAAUCCCGCGAGAUCUCUCGGUCCUUCUUUCAUCACGAACUACUGGGAAAACCACUGGAUUUAUUGGUUGGGACCUUGCCUCGGGGGGAUCGUGGCGGGAAUCCUGUACAAGUACAUCUUUGACCCCCGCAAGACGGCGCCACGGAGGUCCAGUGGGGUACAGGAAUCUCAGGAUUCCGAUGACGGUACGUUUAACUAUAAACGCUGCAAGUUCAGAGACUCCAACAGUUCUAAAAAAUCGCCAAAGUUUAGCAGUCGUAGCGGAAGCAAUUUGAAGAGUAGUCCCUCACGCGCCAGUACACUUGCUUACAAGCAGCCAUAUGUGGCACAAGGUGCGGACAACCGCGCGUAUAAUGUCGACACUGACGUCUAUGACUAUGAAAAAGCAUUUGAACACAUUCCAUUGGAUUACUCCACACCAGUGUCAAGGUCACAAGAAAUGAAACUGUUUGAUGUUGCCUCUGGUGGAUUUUCAGGCUCAAAGUUUUAAAGACAAAAUAUAUAGAAAAAUAGAAAUAGAUGCGGGAGUUGGUUUAUUUGCCCUUAUUAAUGGGUUUGCGACAGACCGUCAGAAUAGCUUUAACGGGGCAUAUUCUUCAGGAAAUAUGCCCAACUAAUGAUAUCUGUAUUAAAAUACACAAAUAGGAAGCCCAUUCUGUAAAUUUUGAGCUUGAAAAAAAAGCCCUUUCUCUUGGCCUGGGAGUUAAUGAGCUACGUGAUCACGUGGUCCGGUAACGACAUACAUGCCACCGGAGGAGAGAGCCAGUUUGCUAAACUGUCAAAGUGAGCAGCCAUUUCAAACUACUGAUAACAAUUAAUACCCAUUCACCUCUCUCACCCGAGGGGUUUACAUCCUCCUGGAGCCAUGUGAGGCCAGGCUCCUGUCUAUUCAGAUAUUAAACUAGCAUUUAAUUACGGUUAUUCGAACUAGUAUAAUAUAAUGCAUUUGAAUGGCUUUUUUUGCGUAAAGUUUUGCGAAAAUAUAAAAAAAUUGCCUGUAGGCCUAGACGCAGUAC